UUACACAGAUGACAGAAGUACCUUGUUGACCUCAACAUCACCCAAGGCAAGGUUAAAACAUGUCUGAUGAACCGGCCAUCUCCAAGCCCGCCGAGGCCGAAAGAGGUAAUUCCGGAGAUAUAAAGACACAAAAAACACCACCCAAUGCGGUACCCCCAGUAACAAAACCUCACCGGCAUGUUGUCUCUGCACAGGUCUACGAUGUCCUCACCUUGCUUCUCGUCUUUCGCUUCAUCAAUGCCAUCGUUCUCCGGACCUUCUUCCAGCCAGACGAGUACUUUCAAGCUCUCGAACCGGCAUGGAACCUAGCCUUUGGAGACCAGAGCGGUGCUUGGUUGACCUGGGAAUGGCAACAUCAGCUCCGCUCCUCUCUCCAUCCUGCCAUCUUUGGUCUGGCAUACAAGGCUGCCCAUUGGUUCCUGUCCCCGUUCUUUCCUCCCGCUUUCGAGACGUUUGUUCUCGAAGCCUUGCCCAAGAUUAUCCAGUCUGUCUUUGCCGCCUUGGGUGACUUUUAUACUUGGCGACUGGCAACCUCCAUCUUUGGCGAUGAGAGCAAUAUUCCAUGGACUGCUCUUUGGAUGACUGUCCUCAACCCAUGGCAGUGGUAUUGCUCCACAAGGACUUUCUCGAACUCCUUGGAAACCACUCUGACCAUUGCGGCCCUCUACUACUGGCCCUGGGACCUUCUUCAGGAUGCCAAAUCCAACAAACAGGAGCCUCUGCAGGUCAAGGGCAACCUGGGUAGCCUCCGGGCCUCACUCAUUCUUGCUGCAGUUGCCGUCCUGCUACGCCCAACCAACUUGCUCAUCUGGCUUGGAGUCCUUACCCUCGCCGUCACACGCUUGACACUUGAUGGAGAGUCUCCCAUCAAGAGAUCGACAUUACUUAUUCUAGCCAAAGAGAUCAUCGUCUGUGGUAGUGCAGUCCUCGCCGUAUCACUCAUCUCGGACCGCCUCUACUUUGGCUUCUGGACCUUCCCUCCCUACAAAUGGCUGUAUUUCAACAUCUCCCAGUCCCUCGCCGUCUUCUAUGGCCACAUGCCAUGGCACUACUACCUCUCUCAAGGAAUUCCCCUGCUCACCACCACCUUCCUCCCCUUUGCGCUCGUUGGUUUGUACAAGUCAACUUCAUCUUCCAAGACCCUUGCGGUACUCCAGUCCAACAUCCUCAAGACGCUUUCCUUCGCCGUCUUGUCCAUGGUCGGCACCCUAUCCAUCGUCUCCCACAAAGAAGUCCGCUUCAUCUACCCUCUUCUCCCCAUCCUUCACAUCCUAGCCGCUCCCUACGUCUUCAAGUUCUUCACCGCCCCAGCAGCAUCAGCAGCAACAACCACAACCCCAGCCGAAGGCAACGCAGCCGCUGCCACCUCAACAACGACCGGCCCCGUCACCCUCCGCCACAAAAUCUUCCUCGCCAACCUCCUUUCCCUCAACCUCCUCCUAGCCACCUACCUCUCCAUCUUCCACCAACCCGCCCCUUUGUCGGUUAUGACCUUUCUCCGCACCGAAUUCGAGCGCAUACACCCGGACUCGUUGUCCCUCGAUUCUUCUUCUGUGGACCAGGCUGUGGUGCCAAAACAAGAACUCUUCGCCCUCUUCCUCACCCCCUGCCACUCCACCCCCUGGCGCUCGCACCUCGCCUACCCGGCCCUGCGCGCCAGGGCUUUGACUUGCGAGCCGCCGCUGCAUACGCAGCCCGGGAGUGUGGAGAGGAGGGAGUAUUUGGAUGAGGCGGAUCGGUUUUAUCAGGCUAGCAGCCCCAAGGAAGAUGGACUCUAUGGUGUGGAGUUUUUAAGGGAGGAGAUGUGGGGUGGUGAUGGUCUUACUAGUGGCAGUGGUGGACACGGAGAGGAGAUCCCGAGGUUUAUCGUGGGGUUUGAAGGGAUCGAGGAGGUGUUGAAGAAAUUCUUUGAAGAAGACAAAAAGGGGAGGGAGAUGGGGGUUGGACUCAAAAAGGUGUGGGAGGGGUGGAAUGGGGCUUUUAACGAGGAUUGGAGGAGGAGGGGGAGGUUGGUUGUUUGGGAUACGGGGGUUUAUGAUGAGGUUGUUGCAGAACAGAAGAGGAGUGUAUUUGAUUAGGUCUGAGGGGUUAGGUUUGGAGAGUAUAAGGUGGGUGAGUUGGGUCAGUUGGGUGGCUUAUAAAAGUGCUCUAAUUAGAAGAGAAAAACUAAUGUGCGCCGAGGAUAGGCCCGGCGCAAGAAUAGAAAGAAAAAAGUAAUGUAA